UUAUUUCUUUCUCCUUCUCAUCUUCCUCUCGGCUUCUAUCUCCGAAACCCUUUCUCUUCCUCCGUUACCAGCGAACAAAGUCGGUGACAGAAAAGAAACAACCAACCUUGAAACUCUUCGAUCCUAAAAAGUUACAAUCCGAUGACGACCGCUGCUCGACCCACGUGGGCACCUGCUAAAGGUGGCAACGAACAAGGUGGUACUCGAAUUUUUGGUCCGUCACAGAAAUACUCGUCAAGGGACAUCGCUUCGCACACAACUCUGAAGCCGAGGAAAGAAGGGCAGGACACGGCGGAAGAAUUAAAGAGAAGGAACCUACGUGAUGAACUGGAAGAUCGUGAACGGAGGCAUUUCUCAUCAAAAAAUAAAUCUUAUAAUGAUGACAGGGAUCAUGGAAAGGGUAACCAUCUGUUUUUGGAAGGAUCAAAGAGAGAAAUUGAAGACCACAUUGUUGCACGUAAUGUGGAUGCAGAUGAUUCUGAUGUUGAAGUCAAAAGUGAUGAUGAGAGUGAUGAUGACGAUGAUGAUGAGGAUGAUGCUGAAGCAUUGAUGGCUGAGCUUGAACAAAUAAAGAAGGAAAGAGCAGAGGAAAAGCUACGCAAGGAACGACAAGAACAAGAGGAAGAGCUUAAAGUGAAGGAGGCAGAGCUUCUGCGAGGAAACCCAUUGCUAAAUAAUCCGGCAUCUUUCAAUGUUAAAAGAAGGUGGGAUGAUGAUGUGGUGUUUAAGAACCAAGCCCGUGGUGAAACCAAGGCUGCUAAGCGAUUCAUCAAUGAUACCAUCAGGAACGAUUUCCAUAGGAAAUUCCUGCACAAAUAUAUGAAGUAAGUCUUGUGUCAGAAGCUCGAGUUGUUUGGAGUCAAAGAAACUUAUUAAUUUCAGAUUACCUUUUGUAUCUACAUGUUCAACUAUUAAUGGAUAUAUUGGUAUUUUCUUAUAAGUAUUGUAUUUUAACAUGCUACUCAUAGUUGU